AUGAAAGACAUUGACCGACAAGCAGAUAAAGUCUGUUUAACUUUAAAUCUUUUAAGAAACCCGCUUUUAUGUAAUUGUAAAGCAUUGUCAUUUUUGAAAUGGAUGUUCAACAACCACAGAACUGGGAGGAUUGAUUUUAAGUCAUUUGUGAAUUAUUCCUGUGCGGUAUCUUCCCAGAGCAGCCCAUUAAUGUUUUCAAAAAUUAAAGAACAUAUUAAGAAACUUGAAAAAGAAUGCAAGUCCUAUACUUACUUGAUUAUCAUCGUGACAAUUACCCUUAUUCUUUUCUUGUGUAUUCUCUUGAGUGGGUUGUUGUAUAGAUAUAGAUGGAAACGUCGUUAUUUCUACUAUAUGACCAAAAGCCGAUAUCAUGGGUAUAAAUCUGUGAGAGGUGAUAGUCAAUCUGAUUUCAAAUAUGACGUGUUUGUUUCCUAUGCAGAUGAAGAUUUGCCAUUUGUUCAGAAAAUGAUUAUGGAAUUAGAAAAAAAUAAUGGGAUAUGUUUAUGUAUUCACCAUCGAGAUUUUGUUCCAGGAUAUGAUAUUUCCGAAAAUAUUAUUACUGCCGUUAACAAAAGUAGAAAAACAGUCGUUAUUUUGUCUCCAAACUUCAUCAAAUCCAGUUGGUGUAUGUAUGAGCUACACAUCGCAAAGAUGGAAGAAAUAUAUUCUCGAGAAAAUGAAAGCAUUAUCUUUUUAAUAUUUUAUGAAGAAGUUCCUGUGGAUAAAAUACCUCUAAGUGUCAUGGAUCUUAUCAAUCAAAGGUCGUAUAUUGAAUUUCCAAACGAUGAAUAUGGGGAUCCGGUGUUCUGGAGAAGGGUUUGUAAAACUCUUAAUGACGAAGUUUUAUGCUAA